GAACUGACAAGACAACCAUAGAGUUGACUGACAAUUAUCGACCUAUUAAGUGAUUGACAUUUUAAUCUAAAUAAAUAAAUUUUCCUUAUAUUCAUUAUUCACAUUUUUUAAAGAAAAUAAGGCCCUGAUUCACUAUAAUUGACAUAUAAAAGAUUGGAGAAAACCAUUUUAAUAUGUCACACAAACCGAUGCCAUACUCUCCAAAUUUUCCACAAAGUCAAGGAUAUGGUCCACCCCCUGAAGGUGAGAAAGGGGAGGACAGUUAUCCACUGAAUCCUCAAGCAGCCUACCCUGGACCACCAUCAAGGUCUCCGGUACCAAUGCCACAUCCUGGACCAAUGCUGCCACCUGGUGCCCAGCCCCUGCCUGGGAUGCAAACAGGCUUCCAGCCUGGUUUCCAGCCUGGUUUUCAACCUGGUUUUCAGCCAGGGUUUCAACCAGGUUAUGCUCCUGGUUAUCCUCACCCUCAGCCGCAACCGGGUUACCCUGCACCAAUCAUUCAGCAACCAGCACCUCAAGGUGUUCCAGGUGGUUGGAUGGCUAUUCCACAAGGCCUCAGCAACUGUCCGCCAGGGUUGGAAUACUUGUCCUUGAUUGAUCAACUCCUUUUGCGUCAGAAAGUGGAGCUGCUGGAAUCUUUUGUAGGAUUCGAAACGAAUAAUAAAUAUACUAUAAUGAAUAGUAUCGGCCAAAAAGUAUACUACGCCGUCGAAGACAACGAUUGCUGCACUAGAAACUGCUGUGGACCGAUGCGCCCAUUCGAUAUGAAAAUUUUCGAUAAUUACCGAAAUGAGGUUAUACACCUUCAUCGACCUCUAGCAUGUGAUUCGUGCUGGUGCCCGUGUUGGCUACAGAGUAUGGAAGUAACAGCGCCACCUGGCACUGUCAUCGGUUCAAUUGAACAGGAGUGGUCCAUUUGCAAACCGUGCUAUGUUAUUAAGAACGCAGUUGGCGACGUUGUGCUUAGGAUUAAAGGACCCGUUUGCACAUUCUCUAUUUGCGGAGACGUUAAGUUUUACGUUUACUCAAAAGAUGGCGAAACUAAAGUUGGAAAAAUAAUAAAAAAAUGGUCAGGGCUUGCUAGAGAAGCUUUCACAGAUGCUGAUCACUUUGGUAUAUCCUUUCCAAUGGAUUUGGAUGUAAAAAUUAAAGCUGUUUUACUUGGAGCAUGCUUUUUAAUAGAUUUUAUGUUCUUUGAAAAAUCUGGUAAUCAAGAAUCUGACAGACCAGGGAUGCUGUAAAUAGAAUGCUGUGUAGAGGCUUCAAUAUUAUGAAUAACUACACUGCAAUUAUUUCUACGUCCAUAGAUUUGCGUAUUGUAAUACUAAGUUUAAUGAUAAUUCAUUUAUUAUAAUUUAAGUCUUUAAAGUUUUUUGAUAAAAUAUGAAAUUUUACAAUGAAGAGAUGAAAACUUUUUUAUAUAUAUUUUUUUUAGGUGGUAGUAUUAUGCAUACUAAAUUUAUAAGUUUUGCACUUGCUUUUUUAAAUAGUAUUGUUGUACUCCUGUUGAAUUUGUAAUAUUUACUUAUUUAAUUAUUUUUUAUUACUCACAAGUAUAAUUGAUAGUUACGGUUUAUUGGUGAAUAAUAAUACUCAAACAUUUUCUAUACCUUCACGCCAAGUCUUUGACGGUGUAGAUAAACAAAUAAAUAUAAACGAUCUUAAAAUAAAUUACUUUUUUCUUAUAUGUUACUGGUAACCAAUAAACGUAACAUUUAUGAUGUUUGAAUCAUCAAUUUUAUUUUUAAGGAUUAUAAUAUUUCAUCUAUAACAAUUUUUGCUGUUAAUUUUAGGAACAACGCGAUUGCUUGGAAUUUUCUAUACAUAUUUUUUACUGUAGUGAAAAUAUACAUAGUUAUAGUGUGCACAUCAUUUAAAGCUCAGUGCACAGAGCUUGGCCAAAUAAUAUUAGUAAGUAGUGAUUCUAAGUGUGAUGAACAUUAAGCUAAAAUAGAGAUAAAUGAAAAUAACAAUGUUAUUAUAAAAUUGUACGACAUAACGUAUACUCUGUAGAUUAAAUAUUAUUUCUUAUUUAAAACAUUAUCGUCACAAUGCCUAAGGAAAAUAGAUUAAUAUCAACUAUAGGGAUGAUAUUUGUGAUAAUGAAAAUAUGACUAACAAGUAAUGGAAAACAUUUGACAACAGAUCGCGUCGUUUCUAUUUCUAAAAUGAUCGCUCAACGUGUGUGUAGUAAUUUUUAUAAAUUCACAUUCAUAAGUGUUUUGAUAAUGUACAAUGUAUCUCCAAAAGAAUGAAUUUAAAUAUUAAAAUAAAAAUUAAUACAUUGAUAUGGGAAGCUGGUAAAGAAGACAAUACUACUAAACACGUUACAUAAAUAUAUUCUUUGUAUAUCUCUUAUAAUUAUCUCAUUUAUAUACAAAUUCAAUAUUAAAUUUGGUUGCACAAAAUAUUUUUAAUGAUUAUAACUUUUGAUUAUUAUAUAUGUUGCAGUCGAAACUCUUAACCAGUCAAAAGUACUUUUGACUGAACAGGUUGGUCAAUUCGAUUUAGACUAAAAAUUAUUGGUUAUUAGUACUUUUAACUGCAAAUUUUCGGUUAGGUUAGGUACUUUUAACUGUUAUUUUAGUCAAAAGUAUUAUUGACUAAAGCAUAUGGUCAAAAGUAUGUUUGACUGAUUUUGCUAGUCAAUAGUAUUUUUGACUGGUUAAGAGUUUUGACUGCAACAUAUUUUAUACUUAUAUUAGUUCUAAGCCUGAAAUAGUAAUAAUAGUAACUGUGCUUAUUUAAGUAUUAAGGUUACAACAAAAUGUUGUAAUACUGUUGUAAAUUAAUGCUUAUUGUAUGUACUUGUAUGGUUUACAUUAUUAUACAGUGUAAUAUAUAAUGUUCCAAUAGAAAUAAAAACAUACCUACGCAUUAAUGAAAAACUGACAGUUAGUCAAAACAUUUUUAAAGGUACAUAAUUAAGAAUGUAUUAAAUACAAUCAUAUAUAUUAAUAUUAGAUCAUAAUUUGAUGGUAUAAACUAUUCUUAGAAAUUCCUAUUUAUUUUCAAUUCAUAAAGAAUAAUUAUGUGAUUAAAUAGAGAUACACCUGUAUAAUCAUGCUAAACCAUGUCAUAUGUCUAAACAAACUUUUAAGUAUUAAAGAAUCUCGUCAACAAAAUACUAUUAAUUAGUGCUGUGCUCUCAUAGAUUUGAAAUUUUUUUUUUUUAUUUAAUAAUUUACAAAAUUUUUUACUUGUUUAAUGAUUGUUAUAAUUAAGUACUUCUACAUUACAUAGACUUGCUCUGAUGGGACAGAAUUUGAUUCUAUUCCUAUGGUUCGACCAUAUGCAGACAGUACAACAAAUCGUAAAUUUGGUCAGAGUACCGUUUACAAAUAUUCCUAUUUCCUUUGUAGAUAGAUAGAUAGAUCUAUCUAUCUAUCUAUUUCCUUUGUUGCACAUAGUUACCUUAAAUAUGAAAGAAUAAAAAUGGUACGUAUGACUGACUACUAAAUAUAAUAAUUGCUAGUCAUCAAUUAUUAUUUUUAGUGGCUUACAUAACAUCUCACUGCUAUAUAAAGCCCUUCCGUCUAUUCUUCCGUAUAGCUCAAGUGCCUCGUUUCACCAAGUCAUGAUUGUAGACUCGGUAUAUUUUUGCAUUCGACAUGCCCACUCCCAUUUCAAGCUGACGGUUUCACCUUCAUCAAUUAUAUCAUUUUACGAACGUAACAUAAUUACUGACACGACACGAUCCUUUCUAUCUAUGAUGCUACUUAACAUGUUUUUUUGAUAUAUCUCCAGUUUCAACUUAUGAACUUUUGUAGAUAACUAAAACAACUAACCAUUGAAAUCAGAACAGUAACAAUAAGUAGAAAUGGCAAAUGUUUGGAAACAAUUAUUCUAUUUUCUUGUUAUUACGCCAUGCUUUUUAAUAGUUGUAGUCUUAGCAAUCUGCUUCUCGAUUGACUAUGAUAACCUCCUAUAUUGAUAAGAUAUAUACCAAUAUAUUUUUAUAAUGUAUACUUUUAAAUACUAAAAGUAGUCUUACUAUAAGAUACAAGUAAAUGUAAACCUAUAAUAAUUGUAAUAGAUAUUAUUGUGUAGGUAAUACAUAGCUUUAUUUUAUUAUAACCUCAUUGCAUUAAAAGUUGGUUGUGACGAUAAACUAAAUAUUUCAAAUUUUAAUUCAGUUGUUACAGUAUGUUAUGUUAGAUUAUUAAUGGAAAAUGAAAUGUAGAGAAAAAGGCAGUAGUCUAUCCAAAAAUUCGGUCAAGUUAUACGUCACCAUUUUGUACUACAUGCUCGUAAUAAAUGACAAACUUAUAAUAGAUAGAUUUUAUACCGAAGUGUGGUGUUAAUCCAGGGAUUAACUUUCAAAGAAAAAUAUUUUAAAUAUAUUUUUUUUUAAUUUGAUAUACUCUCAAUUUUAAAUCGAUGGUUAUUUAUAUAAAGUAAUUAUGUAGAUACUCUUACACUGAUCUAGUCAUCUUUGACUAGAUAAAUAGCCAAUAUAGCGUCGUCUUAUAAAUGAUCCAGUCGUUGCAUUUAAAUUUAUAUAAAUGACAUCAUUCGGUUGAUUGCUGUUUUAUUGUUAUUAUUUAUGUCUAUAAUAAGUGUGUAAUUGACAUAAUUUGUCUGUAUUUUACAAUAUCGCGACACUUAUCAAAUAUCUACUUUAUAUAAAUUCCUGAAUCAUAUUUUCAACAUCUUACAAAAUAUUGGCAAUAUAUUUUAAAUUAUGUACAGCAUUUUCUAAAACAAAACUAUUAUAGUUAAUUGUAAUAUAUUUACUCUUAUAUUACACAGUAUAUAUGUUUGUACAUUAAUAAUUUAGUCUAGUCAGAUCUUUACCACUAAUUAGUGCGUGAUUGUUAGUCAAUGCUUGUGAUUGUUCGCACUCUGUUGAAUUUGGAAUUCUUUAUUAAUGAGAACAACUGUUCCUUACAAAUUUAUGAAUAAGUACAAUUGUUUUUACUUUUAUACAACUAGUAGUUUCUCAAUUUGUUUCGUUGUUUAUAAUGGGGAAUGGGGCCAAUUCUGCCAUUCCCACAGUGGUGCCAUUUCUCUAAGCAUAUGUCUUAACCUAGUAUUUUAAUUUGAUAGUUUCACGAAAUUGCUGUUUAAUGGGCUACUAUAAGUUAAUAUUACAAUAAUGUUGACUAAAAUCUGUUAAAAAACUAGUUCAUAUUGAUUCUUACAAUAAUGAUUUCCUUAUAAUAUCAAAUUGAAACCUUAACUUUAGAGAUAGAUUUCGAGAAAUGACGCUUCAGAAUAGACUGUAGCAAGUGUUUAUUAAUCAGCACUUUACAAUAUGAUAACCUAAAUUGCCCACUUCCUACUGUAGAAACUCUUGGAGUAAAAAAAUCUUCAAACAUCAUUUAUUGACAAUAAUACUAAACAAUUAAUGUUUAUUUCAUUUGAUAUAAAUAUGUAACGCAUCAGUAACUAGUUUGUUGAAGGGCACUGUAUCUAUGAACCACGCAUACCUAUCUACAUUAUUUGUAAUCUAAGCCUUAUGAUUUAAAUGGUGCUAAUAUUUUUUUUAUUUUCCAUUAUAAACUUAUUUGCAAAAAUUAUGUAAACGUGAUAUUAAAAUAAUUAUUUGAUGAAACAAAUAGGUACGUAAAAUCUCUAUGAAACAUUCUUCUGUGAUUUAUUAUCGAACUUGGACUUAUAAAAUGUAGCUAAUUAGUGAAGUAUAAUUAUUAUAAAAACAUAACAAUGUAAGUAGUGUACUUAUGAAAACUAUGUACCUAUUACAAUUAUUAAAUAUUACUUUCAUCUUUUAA